UACUUGAACCACUUGAGAAACCCUAUUGACCUGAAUCAAUGGAGCAUCUUCAAAAAGUUCUCACCCUCUGAAGCGCCUCUGAACCCAGCAGUUUCACCAACAGAGACUGAGCUGAGAGUCAGGGAGAUCAUGGAGAAACUAGACCGGCUGAUCCCACCCAGACCCUUCACCCACAUAAACACCACCACAAGCACCAAACACAGCACAGCCACCAUCCUCAACCCUCAAGACACAUACUGCAGGGGGGACCAGCUGGACAUCCUGCUGGAGGCGAGGGACCACCUGGGCCACAGGAAGGAAUAUGGUGGGAACUUCCUAAGGGCUAGGAUGUACUCCCCAGCCCUGAAGGCAGGAGCUUCGGGAAAGGUGACAGACUUCAACAAUGGCACCUACCUUGUCAGUUUCACUCUGUUCUGGGAGGGUCAGGUCUCCCUUUCUGUCCUACUCACCCACCCCAGUGAAGGGGCGUCUGCUCUCUGGAGGGCAAGGAACCGAGGCUAUGAUAGAAUUAUGUUCCUAGGUAAAUUUGCUAAUGGCACCUCCCAAGUCUUCACUGAAUGUGGCCUGAGCCCAAACACAAGUGCUGAGCUGUGCCAGUAUCUUGAUGCUCGUGACCAAGAAGCUUUCUACUGCGUGAGGCCUCCACGUGUUCCCUGUGCUGCACUCACCCACGUGAAUUCCAGAAACAAGGACAUUUCCUAUCUUAGCAAGGAAGAAUGGAGUCUUUUCCACAGGUCCAACAUAGGGGUUGAAAUGAUGAAGGACUUGAGCUCCAUCAAGGUCUUACCAUGUAACAAGAGUGAAAACAUAAAAAAGAAAUGUCAGACUGGAAUGAAGACUCCUUUCCCCAGUGGUUAUACUUUGGAAGGAAGGUGGAUUACAACAUUUUGCCAGCAGAUCAAGUUCAAUGCCACAGAAGGUAUACGUGGCUGCUUGGAAAGAAAACUUAUUUACCUCAUGGGAGAUUCAACACUGCGUCAGUGGAUUUACUUUUUACCAAAAGUUGUGAAAACCUUAAAGGUUUUUGAUCAUCAUGGAACCGGGGUCUUUAAAACACAUGUUCUUCUGGAUGCUGAAAGACAUAUUUUAAUUCAGUGGAAAAAGCAUAGCCAUCCAUUUGUUACCCAAACGCUGUUCUCGGUGAAAGAUGAAAACUACAUCCCACGGCAAAUUGAUCAGUUGGCAGGAGACAGUGGCACAGCAAUUGUCAUUACCAUUGGCCAACACUUCAGACCCUUCCCUAUCGACAUUUUCAUCCGUAGGGCCAUCAAUGUUAAAAAGGCCAUUGAACGUCUACUCUUGCGAAGUCCAGAGACCAAGGUGAUACUUAAAACUGAAAAUACCAGGGAGCUAUAUCUUAAUACAGAGCUAUUUAGUGACUUUCAUGGUUAUAUACAGAAUCUUGUCAUAAGGGACAUUUUUAUGGAUCUCAAUGUGGGUAUUAUUGAUGCCUGGGACAUGACAGUUGCAUAUAACAAUUAUAAUGUCCAUCCAUCUGAUGUUAUUAUUGGAAAUCAGAUUGACAUGUUCUUAAACUACAUUUGCUAG